UUUUCAUGUUGGUUGGAAUCAAAGCCGGUUUAACAAGCUCUCUCGCCUCCUUGUAUUCUGGGUUAUGUUAAUCUCAUGUCUGUUCUGAUGACCAGUGCAAGCGCCCAUUUGGAGGUCGAUAUCCACGCUCCACCCAGAUAGACACAAUUCACAAGGUCGGCUGCCGGACCGGCGCCUCCUCCGACGGAGGCACUCCAGUCCAGUGCAUACGGCCUAGCUGUGCCAUGGAGGAAGCUCCUGUCACCGCAGCCACGGGGUCCUUGGGGCCCGUCGUAGCCAAGCUGGGUGCUUUGCUGGGCAGGGAGUACAAGCUUCGGCGCAGGACUCAGAAGGACGUCAGGUUCAUCAAAUCCAAGCUGAAAUCUAUGCACUCUAUUCUUUGGGCGACAUGGGAGAAGGAGGUUCUGGAUGUCGAAUCCAAGAACUUGAAGAAGGAAGCGCUGGAUCUCGCCAACGAUAUGCACGACGCUAUUGAUGACUUCAUCCUCAUCAUGGAUCCCAGCCGCAGAAACAAGCGAUUGAUGGUGCAGAGCAAGAUCGAAGCCAGCCGUCCUUUCCAAGAGUUCAAGACGAGAGUAGAUGACGUAUCGGGCCGCUGUCGCAGAAGGUGGAGGUGGGAGAAGAACAAGUCUUCUGAACCCAUCUCCAGCUUAUUUUCAAGAAGAGGCGUAAAAUCCAGCCCCCCCAGCAAACAACCACCUCCUCCUCGAGCUCCAUUUGUCUGCAAGGAUGCAUCAGAGCUCAUUGGUCUAGGCAAAUGGAGGGAUGAGCUCAUCAGGUACCUGGUAGGAGAACAACAAGAAGAGAGCACAAUGGUGCAGCCGCAGCUCAAAAUGGCAUCCAUUGUUGGGAUGGCCGGCAUGGGGAAAACAACCCUUGCCAACCUUGUCUAUAAGGAUAUUGGAAGUAAGUUUCAGUCACGGGCUUUUGUAUCCGUCACUCCAAGCCCUAACAUGAUUGAGGUUCUCACAAGUAUUCUCCAGCAAGUAGGAGCUGAACCACUUGCUGGCUCUGAAGCAAGGACAGUGGAAGAUAUCAUCCACGCCAUAUCAAAUUUCCUAGAUGACAAAAGAUGAACUGAAGUGGAGAAGCCAGACACAGAACCAUGUCCGUCACAUCUAUUGGAAGACCUUUUUCAAGACGUAGUUUUGGAUGCUCACCAAACAUGGCGAGGUUUCUAUCAACUAGUCUCCUGCACCUGCUCAAUAUACUAAGCCAGAAAUGAACAUUCAGGUUCGCUCUCAUUACAUCUGCAAACAAAUUUGCAGCGAGAAUUGACCACCGCGAUUGUAACUCUCUGGCAAACCGGUCUGCUAUUUGUACUAACUGCGGGUGUUCCCCCGGGUUUGCACUUCCGAAUGCGAGUGCCUUGAAGAGGUAGCCGAACUCCUCAUAUGUCAGGACCAAAGUUUUCUUCCCCACCGCAAAACCGCCAAUGAUUGGAAGAACGGUCGGCACGGCAGCAGCAGGGCUGUCUUGCAAGAGGAAGCUCAAGAUCAUUUGCUUUUCCGAAUGGUGGCCAAACACAAAGUUGUCAAUGUAAAGAUAUGUAUCAUAUGGUCUGCACACCAUACGGUCGCAUCCACUCAAAAUCACAACAAACUCUGUGAUGUUGGCAACCGCAAUUUCUAGGCUCUCCACUGCACCAUGAAACUCCAUGAGAUGUCUUGCCUUGUGUGUUCUAGCACUCCCAUGAAUUAUACGAGAACGUUUGAGACGAAAUAAUGAGCUGCUAACCUCCUCCUCCUCCUCAUCCGCCAUAAGAGUCUCCUUGAGGGAUCCGUAGUUGAACGCG